AAGUGGGCCACACAGACGCGAGGCGAGGUUGAGCCGGGGAGCCCAGCUUCGGUGACAACUUCCUCCACUCCCGCCCCUCCUGCACGAGCCUCCUGGGUGCGCGCCCCGACGACGUCAUCAGCCAGCGCCGCGCGACGCCUGUCAUUCGGCCCCGCCCCCGCGGCGGACGGGCCCCGUCGCUGCCGGUCCCAGCUAUGGUCCUUGCCUGUGCUUCGUAAGCUGGCCCCGCGUGUCCCGACGUGGCCUCAUCAUGGUGGCUGCGGCAGCGGCCCUGGCAGCGGCCGAUCCCCCUCCCACGAUGCCGCAGGCGGCAGGGGUCGGAGGGUCCACCGCCCGGCGAGACUUCUACUGGCUGCGCUCCUUCCUGGCCGGAGGUGGGCGCUGGCGGCGGGGCGGGGGCGCGGCAGGGCGGGAGCCGGCUGACGUUCCGGACCCACCUGCUUCGCCGCGACCCCUUUCUAAUGAUGACCACCUGGCUGGGGACAGCUGGGUCAUGGGGUCUUGGGCUCUCGCAGAGGGACUGUCCAGCAGCAGGGAGGUAUGGGGCACCUUCUACCCUGCCAACUAUGGUACUGUGAGUGUUUUUGGGCACUGGCAUCUUCCCAAACCCUCAAAGGAGGUAAUGCUAAGGAGGAAACGUGAAAUAAAUUACAUAGGAGUAUUUUCUGCAUUGUGUGCUGUUCCCCGAAAGGAAGGAUACCUUGGAUUGUAUAAAGGAAAUGGUGCCAUGAUGAUUCGAAUCUUUCCCUAUGGUGCAAUCCAGUUUAUGGCAUUUGAGCAGUAUAAAAUGUUGAUUACCACAAAGCUGGGAAUUUCUGGUCAUGUGCACAGAUUGAUGGCUGGAUCCUUGGCAGGCAUGACGGCAGUUAUCUGUACCUACCCUCUUGAUGUGGUCAGGGUGCGCCUGGCGUUCCAGGUGAAAGGGGAACACACCUAUACAGGAAUUAUUCAUGCCUUCAAAACCAUUUAUGCAAAGGAAGGUGGUUUCCUUGGAUUUUACAGAGGCCUGAUGCCAACCAUAUUAGGAAUGGCUCCGUAUGCAGGUGUUUCAUUUUUUACUUUUGGUACCUUAAAGAGUGUUGGGCUUGCCCAUGCCCCUACCCUUCUUGGCAGACCUUCAUCAGACAACCCUAAUGUGUUAGUUUUGAAAACUCACAUAAAUUUACUUUGUGGUGGUGUUGCUGGAGCAAUAGCACAGACAAUAUCCUACCCAUUUGAUGUAACUCGUCGGCGAAUGCAAUUAGGAACUGUUCUGCCAGAAUUUGAAAAGUGCCUUACCAUGCGGGAGACUAUGAAGUAUGUCUACGGGCACCAUGGGAUCCGCAAGGGGCUGUACCGGGGUUUAUCUCUGAAUUACAUCCGCUGCGUUCCUUCUCAAGCCGUGGCUUUUACAACGUAUGAACUUAUGAAGCAAUUUUUUCACCUCAACUAAAAAAAAUUGUUGCUUGGGGUUUCUUGUCCUUCAUAAGCUCUGGAAGGAAACAUUGAAUGCAGGAGAAGCAUUACUUGAAGGGGUUAUUGACCCUAGCACAGGAACCACUUCUCUUUUAAUACUUGAUUUUUUUUUUUUAAGUCAGAAAUCAAAAGUGCUUAACUGACUUUUUGAUGCCAAUCGUUACAUCUUAGAACACUGAAAAAAACCUCCUCAGCUGAUGCCGGCUAAUCAGUUAGGUUAUUUGAAACUGGUAAAAGUAUCAUUUGGAAGUGCAGUGUCUGUAACUUCAUAAUGGAGGUCAAGAGACUGCCAUUAGCUUUAUUAUACUGUUUCAAGCUUUUCAUUGUAAUCAUGAUUUUUUUCUUUCUUUUUUGUGUGUGCUGGGGACCAAAUCCAGGGCCUAGAACAUGCUAAGCAUGCAGUCUACCACUGAGCUACACCCUAAGCCUGUAAUCAUGAUUUUGUAAAAACUCUAACCUUGUUUAUUGUUAAAAUAUGCAGGCUUGGCUGAGUUGCAGCAGAAUGAUGAGAACAGAAUUUUUAAGUUCUAACAUUUCUCUUCUUAUAAUUCUGCUUGACUGGAUAAAAGGAGAAAUGCUUUUCCUUCAUUUUCAAGUAAAACAAAUGUGUUUAAAAUGUUGUAUUAGUAAAUUAAGUAUCAGGUUUUGGGCAAAUGUUAUGACUGGGUAUGAUGAGUGAUUUACAUGUAUUUUUAAAAGUCACUGUAUUUCUCGCAGGCAGUUACAGUACAGAGAGUCUUUGUUCUCAAAAACAGAGUAGCACCACAAUUAUGUUUUGUUGGAUGGCUUGGUAUACACUAGAGAACUGAAAGUGAACCGUGAAAUAGCCAUUAACACAGACGUGACCAUCAAAGGAUGUUUCUAAGGAUGUUUCUAAGGAUGUUAUGUCAACUAGUUCUCCCAUGUAAAGUCAUUUUAGUGCCAUAUGAACUUAUGCAGAAACAUAAAAUAUGAUUUGAUUACUAUCCUUAACAUUAAGAAAAUUGUUGAAAAUGUAACAAUUCCACUUACUGUGUUUAGAGCACUUUUAUGGUUUAUUGUAAGCAUGACAGAAAUAGGAAACGGACAGCUCAAGUUCCAUAUUUAAAAUAGUGACAUGUAGAUCUGAUGUGAUCUUGAAGAUACCAGAAAACUAAGUUGAAAGUGUUAUUUCUGGGGCUGGGGAUUUAGCUCAGCGGCAAAAAGCGCCUGCCUGGCAAGUGCAAGGUCGUGAGUUCGGUUC